AUGCACUUUACAAUAGUAGCUGGCUGCAUCGGUGCCGCAGCAACAGUAGCAGGUAUACGACUUGGUGGAUCAUAUGCCGACGUCGACGUCCAGGGCAUUGCACGCAACGACAUUGAAAUCUUCCUGGGUAUUCCAUAUGCAAAAGAUACCAGUGGCGAAAACAGAUUCAAGCCUCCGAUUCCCUACGAAUACGCCCCAGGCGAAGUCAUCGAUGCUACAAAACCAGGUCCUGCUUGCCCGCAGCCGCUGGGCCAGCUCUUUGCGCCUCUUGGACUGGACAACAUUACUGAAACGUCUGAGAACUGUUUGAACUUGAAUGUGGCGAGACCCAAAGCCGAGGAUCGAGAAGGCAAAGGACCACUACCAGUGCUUGUAUGGAUACACGGCGGAUCUUUCUGGUGGGCAAGCAAUAAUGAACCAACAACAGCUCCCGAUGGCAUGAUCAAACAGUCAGUAGAAAACGGAUCGCCCAUUAUGCACGUAGCCAUGAACUACCGACUGGGAUUCUUUGGCUUCGCAACCUCGGACUCGCUCAAAGAAGAGGGGAGCAUGAAUGCUGGGCUGCGUGAUCAACGUGCUGCGAUCGAGUGGGUUCGAGACAACAUUGCUGCGUUUGGUGGGGACCCGGAAAGGAUUACCAUCGCCGGACAGUCUUCCGGUGGUCUGGCCAUCGGCAUGCAUAUUUUGGCUUAUGGUGGGGAAAAGCCACUGCCUUUCCAGCAGGGCAUUGCGCAAUCACAGUCUCUUGAGCCAGGUAUUACGGGCACGUUUUCCAGGGAUGCAAUGACGGCCGUCAUCGACUAUGUUGGAUGCAAUACGACCAAAUUCGAUGCACCGGAAACGAUUGAGUGCUUGCGUGCCUUGGACACCGAGACGCUUUUCAAUGCCUCCGAGGCAACGUAUCAGAGCGACAUCGCGCACAAUAUUGGUGAUAUCUGGUUGCCUCAAGUAGACGGCGAUUUUCUUCCAGCUCCCCCUAGUCAGCUGAUCGCAGAAGGUCGUUUUGGAAAUGCGACAUUCAUGUCGGGCUGGAUGGAAGGCGAUCUCAACGUUUACACAAACACAUCGAUUGCAACCGAUAAAGACACGUACGACUUUAUCCAUGGUUAUCUACCAGGUAUGUCAGAAGAAUUGCUCACCGAGCUGCUCGAUCUGUACCCUGUGGAAGAAUUCGGGACCAGCCCAAACUUGACACAGGAAUUCUACCGCUCAGCUCGCAUCUUCCGUGACAUUCUAAUGGUAUGUCCGUCGCUUCACCUCGGAUCAGCGAUUGAGGAGAAGUACGAAGGCCCUGUGUACUUUUACAACUUCAAUCAGACCAUUCUUGAUCCCAUCCUCGAGCAGGUCACGAAUAUCUCUGGGUUCGGCGUAGUCCAUACAUCGGAGUUUGCGUACAUUUUCGAUAGUAUGCACGUAUACAAUGAUUCGGGCUAUACUGUCCAUCCCACCGCCUACGACUAUGAGGUUGUCAUGCGAGCGAGCCGGUCUUGGAGCACAUAUGUCAGCCAUGGCGUGCCAGCACUGGAUACCCCUGGAUCGACAACGUUGCUGAACUGGGACGAGGCUUUUAGUCGACCUGGUGGACCAUAUGUAAGGACAAUUGGGGGCUCGCAUCCAAGCAACAGUGCGUUGGGGACGGCGAACGCGACGAUUGAAUUCUCACAGCAGAGGCUACAGGAACGAUGUGCGUUUUUCAAUAGCCCAGAGGUAAUCCGGGCGUUGCAGUAUUAA